UGAUUUGAAAAGUGGAACAAAAUUUCUUCUGCAGGUGGUAUACACACGCCAUUGUAUGUGAACUGCGUAAAAAUAAGAAAUACAGUGCAAAUUGUUGAAAAAUCCAUCGAAAAUCGUUGAAAAAGAGACCUAACAUCCAACUUUACUCGCAAUUACGUUCUAGGUCAUCAGUGACGUCAGCCUUUCUCAAGUACUUUGGAAGCUUAAUUUAAAAAAAAAAUGGCACGCUAUCGCGAAUGGGACCUACAGUGCAAGGUUUACGUCGGAAAUCUGGGAUCUUCGGCUUCAAAGCAUGAAAUCGAAAGCGCCUUCGGAAAGUAUGGCCCGCUGAGGAACGUGUGGGUAGCCCGCAACCCACCGGGUUUUGCCUUUGUCGAGUUUGAGGACAAACGUGACGCCGAGGACGCAGUUCGCUCGUUGGAUGGAUCGAGAUGCUGUGGUACCCGCAUCCGGGUGGAGAUGUCAUCCGGCCGUACCCGCCGUGAUGAUCGUACUCGGCGGCCUCGUCGUUCGUACAGGGCAAGCUCUUCCAUGAAACUCCACGUCAGCAACUUCCGCCACAGAACUUCAUCUAACCAACCUUCUACUAGUAGUUCUACUAUUAAGCCUAGCGCAACCAUCAACUCCACCACCACCACAACAGCCAUCACCACAACCAAAAAAAUCACCACUAUCACCACCACCAAAAAAAAGACCUCUUCAGCCUCUUCGAUCUCUUCUAGACUUGUUUGUAUUUUCGACGCGCAAGCUCUUCAAGUAGUCUCCCAACAAACAACACAACUACCGUCACUACUAGGGCUACUGCUACUACUACUACUACAACUACUAGUAAAGCAACUACAACUACUGGUGCAAUCGCCAACGUCAGCACUUCAACAGCUGCUGCAUCGUUCGACGAGAUCGCUGCUGCCGCUGAAAACAAGCGCAAAACACACUUGCUCUCAACUGCAGCAAAACAUUCUGAAAUUUGUCCCUCCAACUUGAGACGGUUCAUUCUAGUAUUGAAUCAUGGGACAUGAAAUUUGCCAUCGUGCGAAACUUUAGCGAUCACACCGAAAAUCGAAACGGGUAUCAUCGAUCUGCCGGCAAAGGUUCCACAUCUCGGCGCAGCGGUUCAACGACCUUCCGAUUCUUCUCCCAUCCUGAUUUCUCGUCCGGAUGAAUCGACCAUCAGCUUCUACAGCAACAAACGUCUUCAUCUCAUCAGUCUUCCAAAUUGCUCUUCCGACACAACGCCAUCGCGUCAACCCUUCUACUACUACUACUACUACCACCAUCACGACUGCCACCUCUAGUACUACUGCUACUACUACCGCUUCUAGCCAAGUGUAGUGCGCCAAGCUAAUCAACCGUUCGCGCUCUCUUCGCGUAACCAACAUUGAAUCGCGCACCACUGUCUUCAGACAAAAAAAAAACAAGUGUCAACUGCCGGUCGCAGUCUCGUCGUCCACCAACGUCAACUACCAGGGCGCGCGCCAACUCAGCUCGUCAGUCACCACUACACCACCACAUCCUAGCUUUUUUAGAGUUAUGCCACAGGCCCUGUCCCUUCAAAUACAAAAAAACGCCUGCAAAACUGACAUUACUUGGAAAAGGUAGGAUGAUUUCAAUUCCUGUAUUUAUUUCUGUGAAAUGGUCGAUUUUCAGCUAAUAUUUUUUUUAGUUUUCUUUUAUUGUUAUGCGUGUAUGAGAGUAGUAGAAUCUCAUUCACAUGUGUCCUGUACUUUUUUCUCUUUGUUUUCCCUAACAGAUUCCUCUACCAUGCAUCCCGAAUCCCUAUCACGUCUCAAACAUCCCAGAUUCAUCUAAAAGUUAGCUGAAACUCGAUCCCAUCGAGUCGGCUAGAUUCUCGAUGCAAAAGGUGCAACACAGGCAAUCUUCCCUCUCGUCCAUCGAUCCAUCGCAAUCGUCAAAACUAAGCAACAAGACCAGCGUUCGUCUUCUUCUGAAGUAAAAAGAAAAACAUUCAUCAUCAUCCAUCAUUAACAACCCGGUUGUGAAAUUACCAAAUUAUUUUUACCAAAAAUAUCAAAGUACGACCCCACAAUCUACCACACACAUACACAUUUCACAAAAACACUCAAAUUUCUUAACGUUCCCCGUCCGGGCGGGCUUGAACGAAUCAAUAAUGUCAUCGUCCCAGGACGGCGAUUUCGAGCACGCAGCGGCCACGACUACGUCGUUCAACUUCCCUGCGGAGACGUCUCGAAAACUAACCACCUAACUAUUCUCGAAGCCAAACCACCGAAAAAUGACUUCUGCUUCCAUCGUUUCAACGCAACAACUCACCCUUCUACGCCCAGCAUCGGACCGGACUUGGUUCGGUAGUGCGGCGAUUCUUCGGUUCUUCCUCACCGAUCACCAAACCAACAGCAACAACAGCUAUAAACUUAAUCCGUGGCCAGGUCUCGAAUCGUUUAACCACAUCGAACCCUCUGUUUUUCUUUUCUUUCUUUCCCUCUCUGGGUGUGUUUCGCCCCUCGACAGAUCCCGUUCGCCACGCCGUUCCCGUUCACGCUCCCGUAGCAUGAGUCGUGAGCGCGACCGUGACCGCCGAAGUCGCAGUGGAUCCCGAGAUCGACGCUAAGUUUUGGAAGCUAACUUGCAGCGACUUACGAUGGGGCAGCAGGGAAAUGCCCGCGUUAACAAAACAACAAAUCGUAUAUAUAUUUGAAAAAGAUUUUGACUAAAACCGAUUGAAUACUGAAAGUUCAAAAAGCAACUGUUUACCGGAGCAGCAAAGUUUUACUGGAGACGGACAGAAUUACAGUUUUCUAUUUGAGUAUCAAUCUAAACCGGAAUAUUUUUUUACUGGCUAUAUACACACAUAUAGUAGUAUGUAAGCUAGGUGAGCCCUACUUUGAAUUAGAUCUAGCAUUAAUUUCGCGUCAGUAUCCUUGCAAACAAAAAUUGUAUAAAUAAGUAUAGGUUCACCCCGGGAGGCAUAAAUCACGGAGCCAAGCAGUGUUUGAAACUAGAUGUUACAUCGUAUUUUAGGACACGCAUUCAUAGUUCUCUUACCCUUACCACUCUUCCGGAAGGGAUGCAUUUCGAAUUUCUUUGAUUUGGACGAGUGAGCACAUUAGCGUAACCAGGACGAGACAGAUCACUGAGACAGGAUUGUAUUCGAGAAGCAGUUACAGAAAAAUCAUAAACCGCUCCUAUUACUAGUUUAGGACACCUACAUGUAUUUUAGUUAUCUUCUUACUCAAUAAAAUGAGAUAUAAUAAUAA